AUGGAGAACAAGUCUGCUUCCGUCGACCAUGAUGCGAAGACACCAGUCAUCGACCUUGCUGCAGGAGUUGAUCUUGCUGCGGGAGAGAUGGUCAGCGACAUCUACGUCGAUCCAGAGAAGGAGAGAGCUGCUCUGAGGAAGUUCGACAUCUACGUCUUCCCAGUGUCAGUCAUCUUCAUUGUGCUCGCCAGUCUGGAUCGAAACAACGUAAGCAAAAUCCUUGUAUGGAGAGAAGAACGCAAUCUGACCCUCAUCCGACAGUUGGGAAACGCCAGAGUCUUUGGUCUCGACGAAGACCUCAACUUGCAUGGCAAUCAAUUCGGCACCAUCAACACGCUGUCGAGCGUAUGCACCAUCCUCUUCGAACUCCCCUGGGUGCUGGCGGUCCGACGAUUUGGUGCCCGAGCAGCACUUGGUACUGCGUUUCUCGCAUGGAGUGCUUGCACCAUCGGGACUGCUUUCAUCAAUACGUACGGCCAAGCCAUUGCUGUCCGCAUGCUACUCAACACCGCAGAAGCCGGUCUUGCACAAGGUUUCGCUUUCCUCUUCUCCACCAUCUACCCACGAGCGGAGGUUGGAAAGCGUGUGAUGAGUACCAACCUGGCACAAUGCAUCUCCGGAGCUUUCGGAGGGCUUUUUGCUUUUGCUGUGCAGUCGAUGGGCGACAGGCUUGGUCUGGCUGCUUGGAGGUGGCUCUUCAUCGUAGAGUUCUGCGUUACCAUCUUCAUCGGUGGCAUCGGAUGGAUGUUCCUACCCAAGGCUCCCGAGAACGCUUGGUUCCUGACGGCUGAAGAGAAGGAGACAAUGAAGCUGAAAAAGGGGCGCGACUUCUUGCACAGAGGGCAGCAAAAGUUUGAUCGCAAGUGGAUCAGGCUUACCUUGAAGGACCCUUACGUGUAUAUGCUGGGUCUGGCGUUCUUCACUUCUUCCGUGGCCAUCAACGGUUUCGGUGUGUUCUUGCCGACCAUCAUUCUGGGGCUCGGCUUCGAAGCGCUGAAGGUGAACUACAUGACGAUCCCGGUGUACAUCUUGGGCGCCGUGUCUUUGAUCACUCAAUGCUACUUUUCCGACAGGCUCAAGAAGCGUGGAGCGUUCAUCGUCGGCUGUUGUGUUCCCGUCGCGGUCGGAUACCUCAUCUGUGUCGGCUCGAAGAAUCCCAAUGCCGGCUACGCCGGGAUGUAUGUUUUGGUCCUUGGACUGUAUCCAAUCUCAACGCUUGCUGUGGCGUGGAUCACCAGCAAUCUCGCGCCAGACGACAAGCGGGCCAUAGGAAUGCCGCUGGCAUACUCUUUUGCCAACAUCUCGAACGUCGUCUCCUCGCAGCUGUACCCCAGCCAGCAAGGGCCGCGCUACGUCCAAGGCAAUGCAGUCUCCGCGGGCUUGACAGUGGUCGCUGGCUUCCUGUACGCUGCGUGCUGGUAUCUGCUCCGCAGGAGGAAUGUGAAGAAGGCAAAGCUCAUUGCUGAGGGAGCAACCACGAACGGCAAGGAGGGCGACAUGAGUCUGGACUCGAUGUACAUCCUCUAA